UGACAUGAACAUGCGCUUUGGAAAUAACUGGUUUUUAUUGUUAUUUCCAUUUAUUUUUUAUAAAGUACACAAAAUUAAUAAAAAAAUAAAUUACACUGCAUACCAAUUAAUAAUUAAUUCGAAUAAAAUAUAACUAUUUUUUAAAUGCAACAAUGCCAUUCUUAGAAGAUAGCGGCAUAGAAAGUGAAGAUAAGUCAUCAUUAUUGGCAGAAGACCAUGAUUCGAAUUACCUUAUGAGAAAUGAUACAGCAGAACAUAUGGCGGACUUAGAAGUCACAUUUAGGGGACCAACUUCAAUAAUAACUGAGUCACAGGCUUCAUCCUAUAAAGCAACAAGUUCGUCGCCAACAAAGAUAAGCAGUGAUCCAGAAGACUCAUUGAAACCUCCAAAUACUUGUCGGAUACUUCAAAGAAAACUAGAACUAAAAGUAGAGAGGGCGAAACGGAACUACAGCCACUAUCAGGAAACAAAUAAACGGAAAUCUCAAUCUGCCACCCUGAUACCAAUUUCUAGACUUUCUAUACCGGGAGAUUUGGAACAAAAACCUUUAGUCGAUUAUAAAUCUGAAAGUGAUGAUUGCGAGGAGGUCUCAUUCUUCCCAAAUGAACAUCAUAAAGUGCGAUCCAAACGACAGGCAGAGCUUUCAGAUACAUUCAGCAUUCAAGAGAUGACUAUUGAUUCGGAUUUGGAGUCAAAUGACUCCCAGAAUUUAGAAUUAUUAACACCACAUUUGAAAAGAAGCUUUCUAGAUUACUUAGCGACAUGCUUAUGCUUUCAGCCGUCAAGUUAAUAACUGUUACAAUUGUACAUGUACAUACAUAUGUCGGUAUAAAAUUUAAAAUAUGUAAAUAUUUAGAUAAAAUGCAACUCUAAGUAACUUACAAAAAAAAAUAAUCCGAUAUGUGAUGAAAUUCGAUCAAUUUGAAAGCGUGCGAUGAAUUUCGAUCGAGGAAUGUUUUUUAUUUUCUUACAAAAUACUACACGCAUAAUAAAAUAUUUUUUAUUUAAAACCCCA